UCACUAUCAAAGAACUCGAGGAUUUUGCAGCUGCUCAACCAUCGGCUCAAGAUCACUAUCCAGGACGGCAGAACAUUUAUUGGCCAGAUGCUAGCAUUUGAUAAACACAUGAACUUGGUGCUGUCCGAGUGCGAAGAGUUCCGUAAGAUCCGCCCAAAAACAAAGUCUCAGCAGGAACGAGAGGAGAAACGUUCACUUGGUCUUGUUAUCCUUCGUGGCGAGACCAUCAUCUCGCUCAGCGUUGAAGCUCCUCCUCCCACUGCAGAAGAUCCAAAGAAAUCAUCUGCUGCUCUAGGUGGUCCUGGUGUUGCUCGCGGUGCUGGUCGUGGUCUGCCCAUUGCUGCACCACUUACUGCUGCACCUGCUGGUCUUGGAGGUCCGAUCAGAGGUAUUGGCGGCCCUGCUCCACAAUCAAUGCAACCUCAAAUGGGUCCCGGAAUGGGCUUCAGUCGCCCGCCGAUAUCGAAUAUGCCUCCUGGAAUGAUGGGCAUGCCUCCUAUGGGAAUGUCUGGUCCUCCUCCACCCAUGUCAUUUGGUCGGGGUAUGCCUCCGAUGCCUCCACAAGGAUUUAGACCUCCGGUACGUAGACUUGAUUAUUGGACGAAUCUGAAUGGUAUCUUGCAGCGUACUGCAAUAAUGUAG